GCAUGCAAAAUGAGCGCCCGUUUCAUUGAAGAUGACAUUAACGGUGACACGAGCUGAUCAGAAAUUCUCCUGCACAUUUUAAUAAUCAUCAGGUUUGUGCGCGUGUACCUAGUCAGCGGCAGUUCCUUUCACUCUGCGGCAGCAGCGGCUGCGGGUCUAUUUUUAGUAACAACGUUGCGGUAGAGGAAUCAAUCAAAGUGGAGGCUAAAAAAAACACCGUGUUCAUGACAAAUUGUCGCUUUUUUUAUUGCGAAAAUCUUCUGACAUUUCUAUCUGCGCUUCCCCGGCCGAGGAACAAGAUGUUGCAUUGAUUUGUAUCUGUUUUAUUACAGCUGAUCCCAAACGAUGCCUCCUUCUCCUCUCGUGCUCUCCAAGAAAGGAACCGGUUGGACUGCAAACUUCUGUACCAUGGAAUCCGCACGUUGUAGCAACAGUGGCUGCAUCUCUUCUGGGACCUCGUGUAGUUUUGUGUCUUUUCACAGUCUCACAAUUUGCAAAGAACAUUGCAGUUUGCGAUGCGAAUGAGAAUUUGAUAGUAAAAACUCAGGAUUCUGUGGAAACAGGGAGGCGCAUCAUAGUCUUUUUGCUUUACUUCUAUCAGGUGCGAGUGCACAUUUUACGGGUUCUUAUGGGAAUUAAGCACUCGUCCCGCUGCAUGCUCCUCAGGAGAAAAAUGGCGGAGUCGGACAGCAGUGAGCAACCAGCGUCGCAGCAUCUGCCAAUCCGCAUCAUUCCUUCUCAUUCGGAGCAGCCAACUUCGUUGCCCAAGCCUGUGCCUUCUAUCCAGCAUGCGCCUCGGCCUCCUCUGCCACCACACACGCCCCAUGCUGCCAACCUUCCUAGCUGUCCGGGGCGGGGCAAGAUGGCCAAGUUUCUCAGCCCAGAGGAGAUGACCUCACGAGACUACUACUUUGACUCUUAUGCUCAUUUUGGGAUUCAUGAGGAAAUGCUGAAGGAUGAGGUGAGGACGCUUACCUACAGGAACUCUAUGUACCACAACAAGCAUGUCUUCAAGGACAAAAUAGUGUUGGAUGUUGGAAGUGGGACUGGGAUCCUGUCCAUGUUUGCAGCCAAAGCAGGAGCCAAGCAUGUUUAUGGGAUUGAAUGUUCCAGUAUAUCAGAGUACUCAGAAAGGAUCAUCAAGUCUAACCACCUUGACAGCGUUAUCACUAUUUUUAAGGGCAAAGUGGAGGAGGUGGAGCUUCCGGUUGAAAAGGUUGACAUUAUCAUAUCCGAGUGGAUGGGCUACUGCUUGUUCUACGAGUCCAUGCUCAACACUGUCAUCUUUGCCAGGGACAAAUGGCUGAAACCCGGUGGAUUAAUGUUUCCUGACCGAGCUUCCCUGUAUGUGGUGGCCAUAGAGGACAGGCAGUACAAAGACUUCAAAAUCCAUUGGUGGGAGAAUGUUUAUGGUUUUGACAUGACCUGCAUUCGUAAUGUGGCCAUGAAGGAGCCCCUGGUGGAUGUUGUGGAUCCUAAACAGGUGGUGACCAACUCCUGCCUGGUCAAGGAGGUGGAUAUCUACACAGUAAAGCCCGAGGACCUCUCAUUCACCUCAGCAUUUUGCUUGCAAAUCCUGAGGAAUGACUACAUCCAUGCACUGGUUACUUACUUCAACAUAGAGUUCACAAAGUGUCACAAGAAGACUGGAUUCUCCACAGCUCCAGAUGCUCCAUACACUCACUGGAAGCAGACAGUGUUUUACCUGGAGGAUUAUUUAACAGUGCGAAGAGGAGAAGAGAUUACUGGCAGCAUUGCAAUGAAGCCCAAUGAGAAAAACAUUCGCGACUUGGACUUUACUUUUGAGCUGGAUUUCAAAGGGCAGCUAUGUGAAGCGGCCAUAUCCCACGACUACAAAAUGCGUUAAGUUUGGAGACUUUCUCACCAUUACAGGGAGAUACGCAGUGGGAUGUGAGAGGGUCAAAGAGAAGAAGACACAGGAGGCCCCAUCAACGACGCCAGUGUCACAACACUGAGAAGUCACUUAAUCUCACUGUUGAUCAAUUCUGAAUGUAACACAAACAGGUCAGGAAUAUUUUCUAGAGCUGAUGAAUGUUCUUAGUGGCUCAAUUAUGCUUAUAUGUGAGAUGGAGUGAUGUACUUGUGUGUUUUGUUUGGUAUUUGUUUAUCACAUUAACUUGGAGCUGAUAGAGAGGAAGAUUUAAAGGUUUUAACGAGACAAAUCUAAUUCCUCACAUUCAGUUAUAGGUAUGCAAUAAAUCGAAGUAUAACUAAUCUAAACAGUUUAAUUUCUAGGUGUAUAUACUUUAAGCAAUGGUGGAAAACUAAGAGUAUCUGAUCAGCACAGCCAAGGACAAACAAUUGUGGAAGGUAACGUGUUUGUAUUGUCAGUGUACUUGUCCAUUUUGUGGGUGUGCAAUAGAAGGUGUCACAGCUCGUUCUGUGGAAGAGCCAGGACUCCUUAUGUGCUUUGUUUAGUCAGUUUGAGCUGUGAUGUUGACAUGAAAAUAACCAUCUUUCCCCCAUUUUUUCCUAAAUGCCUUCAGCGAGUACCCAAGUGUUCCUAAUUCUUUUCUGCAUUGCUGCAUUUUAACUCUUGUAGUUGCUUUAAGACAUGAAGCUUACUGACAUGACGUUUAACUUUACAUCUACACUUUAAUCUCACUACACUGAACAGCCCUUACAGCUCUAGUAACAGGGCAAAGUCGGAAACAAAACAUUAGUAUUUUUAAAGGGAAGCAGACAUAAUAUGACACCCUGCAGCAAUCCUGUACGUCUUGGUUUGAACCAGUUCCGGCGCCAGGACGGAGAACCAGGACAGGCCCCAUUUAGCAAAUGAAUUUUGAUUUUAUAAGAGGACAAAUUUCACUUUAAUAAUUCAACAUCUGACCCACGUGAGGCUGAUUAGUUAUAGACUACAAAAAAAAAAAAACUCUACUGUUGAAAAUAAAAACAAACUUUGGACACUUAAAAUCGGAUCCAGCUGAUAUCAGAUG